CUUGAGAAUGGACAUCACUCCAAGGUCUGUAAGUCUAGAAGUACAUGUGACACGUGUAAAAAAACCUCACCCAACGUGCUUACAUCAAAAUCGUGAAAAAAGGGAACAGAAGCGAGAAAAUAAUCCAAAACAAACUCAUUCAACUGAAAAUGACAAGGAUGGGUCUGAACAAGAUCAACCGAGGGUAAACAACCAAGACAAAGACAAGAGUUUUAAACCAAAGCAAACACUUGAGUCAGAUGGAGCUACUUCUCUAAGGAUUAUUCAAGAAAGGGGCGGAACUCUCACUUCACCAAUUGUUCCAGUCUAUGUGUCCUCAUUGACUCAACCAGACAAGGAAAUACUAGUGUAUGCUCUGCUCGAUUCUCAGAGCGACACUACGUUCAUCUUGAAGGAUGUAGCCGACACACUGGAUGCCAAGAAAGAUCCAGUAAAGCUCAAGGUGUCAACAAUAACAUCAAGAACAAAGGUUGUAUCCAGUGAAAGGUUGACUGGUCUGGAAGUGAGAGGCUUGAAAUCUGAAGUUAAGAUCAAGCUUCCAGUAAGCUACACCAGGGAGUAUAUACCGGCUAACAGAGCUCAUAUUCCCACAAGUGAAACCGCAAUGUCCUGGCCUCACUUAGAACAUCUUGCAGAGGAGAUGUCGCAAGAAUUAGAUUGUGAGGUAGGUUUGCUAAUUGGUUAUAACUGUUCUCAGGCUCUGGCUCCAAGAGAAGUCAUCCAUGGAAGUGAAAAUGAACCCUUUGCACUCAAGUCUGUGCUGGGUUGGAGCAUUGUCGGGUAUAACAGUACUGUCAAUGAUUAUGAAGAUGAAAUAGGUGUAAUUCACCAUAUCAUUGCUAAGCAAGUCAUACCACUUACAAUGCCUUCCUCUGAACUCAAGUCAGAAGUCCACUUUUCUGCUAGAACCCAAGUUAAAGAAGUUAUCUCCCCAUCAGACAUGAAAAAGGUUUUUGAGUCACACUUCUCUGAAAGAAAGGGUGGAGAAGCUCCAAUAUCACAAGAAGACUUGCGGUCCCUUGCAAUACUGAAAGAAAGUAUAAAGCAGAAGCAGGAUGGACACUACCAGAUCAACGCACUAAGCCAAGAGGAAGAAGUCAAAGGGAACAAGUCAACUUGCCUCCAAAGGCUAAGCCCAUUCUUGGACAGACUGGGUAUCUUGAGGAUGGGAGGACGGUUGACCCAAGCCGCACUUCAUCCACAUGUUAGACACCCAGCCAUUCUUCCUAAAGGACAUCAUGUCUCUCGUCUCAUACUCAAGCACUGUCAUGAGAAGGUGUGUCAUCAAGGUCGUGGAAUGACAAUCAAUGAAGUUCGUGCGAAUGGCUUCUGGAUCCUUGGGUGUAAUGGUGAAGUCUCUUCCUUUAUCUUCAAGUGCGUAAAGUGCAGGAAGUUCAGAAGGUCUAACCAAGAACAAAAAAUGGCCGAUCUUCCCCCUGAGAGAAUGGAAAGUACACCUCCGUUCACGUACAGUGGAAUGGACUGUUUUGGUCCAUUCUACGUCAGAGAAGGAAGGAAAGAGCUAAAGAAAUAUGGGCUCAUAUUUACAUGUAUGUGCUCAAGAGCCAUCCACUUAGAAGUAUUGGAUGACCUUUCUUCUGAUGCCUUCCUGAAUGCAUUGCGAUGUUUCAUUGCAAUAAGAGGCAAUGUGAGACAACUUCAAAGUGAUCAAGGUACCAAUUUUGUAGGUGCGACAAAUGAGUUCCAAAACAUGAUGAAAGGACUACCAGAGGAACGUGUGAAAGAACUUGGAUGCAGCUUUGUGAUGAAUCCUCCUGCUUCCAGUCACUUGGGCGGCGUCUGGGAGAGGCAGAUCCGCACUGUAAGGAGUAUCCUCACCUCUAUCCUCGACCAAUCUGCAAGUCGACUUGACAGCUCAUCACUGAGGACAUACUUAUAUGAGGUGAUGGCUAUAGUGAAUAGUCGACCUUUGACCACUGUCCAUCUCAAUGAUCCAUCAGGCCCGGAACCUCUGACCCCCAAUCAUAUCCUCACAAUGAAAUCUUCAGUCAUCAUGCCCCCGCCUGGUGAGUUUGUGAAGGAAGAUUUAUAUCUUCAGAAAAGAUGGAGGAGGGUUCAAUUUCUAUCAAAUGAGUUCUGGACCAGGUGGAAAAGGGAGUAUUUGCUCAAUUUACAACAAAGAAGAAAAUGGACUACUGAGAGACGGAAUGCUAAAGUAAAUGACAUUGUCUUGCUGUUGGACGACAACCUGCCAAGAAACCAGUGGAAGUUGGCAAGGAUAGUGGAAGUCUUCCCAGCUGCAGACAACAGGGUUAGAAAGGUCAAGCUGUUAGUUAGUGACACAUUUUUGGACAACAGAGGCAAGCGCACAUCCCAGCCACUUUAUUUAGAGAGAGCCAUACAUAAAACAGUGCUAUUACUUGAAGCAGAGUAAAGGGUUAUCUUAAGAAGGUGCCUUUGUUUACUGUUAGUAGUUUUUUUUGUUGUUUAACAAGUUAUUGUAUAUAGUUUAAAUGAAUCACUUUGUGUGAUUGGUGGGAGUGUGAAUGCUGUGAAAACAUCAUUGUAAAAUGCUUUUUUAUUUUUGAUGAAACCGGAGCUCGUGCUCUUAUUUUGAAAGGCACACUUGCCUUUCUCAACAACUUCCGGUUAGCUUAACGUGUGCACUCGUUUUUUUUCUAACGUAUGAAAGGAAGCUGAUAUAUGCUGAAUACGUUCAGAUUAAUAUAAGAGACUAACAGCAAGCAAAACUUGUUUUCUCCCCUCCCAUUCGGAGCUACAAGCAGGCAAAGUGUUCUACGGUGGUUUAUGGUGCUGCAUGAUGCUAGCUUUGCUAGUCAAUAACGGCACAAAUAAAGAACGCCAUCUGUAAAAAGAA